UUCAAUUUCACUCCAUGGCUUUUUCUCCUCCUCCUCCUCCUCCAUGGCUAUGAACCCUAGCUAAUAGUCUCCCUCUCGACUUUGUCCCCGACCCCUUCUCUUCCGUUCGUUCGCUUUAGCCACCUUCUACCAGGUCAAGUUGCGGAAGCCAGGCCCUUUAAGAGCUUAUGUGAUCAGGUCUAUGCGUUUAAGAUAGUAUGGACAUGAACGAUCGAAUAAGGGUUCAUGAGUUGAUUCGUGCCCUCCAUGAGGAACGUAAGAAGGUGGAAGCCUUCCAAAGUGAGCUGCCUUUGUGCCUUCAACUCAUCGACCAAUCAAUAGAGACCUACAAGCAGAUGAUGGAUAGUGGUGGUGAGGGAAGAUCAAGCUACAACACUGUAGUGGAGGAGAUGGAACUCAUUUCCUUAAACCCUAAUCCCCCUAAUUGCGAUAACGCACUGCCGGAGAGGCCUAUAGCGGUCAGGGCUAGACCAGGAGGAGCACUGUCAGUGAUCGGAUACGAUGAUAACAAUGAUGAUGCCGGCGACGAAGAGAACUUGCAAAGAUCUCAAUCGAGGAGGAAGGUGAGAAGGUAUUGGUCGGAGGAUUUGCACAAGAGGUUCUUGCAUGCGUUGGAGCAAUUAGGUGGUUGUGACGUUGCCACACCGAAAUACAUAAGGAAGCUAAUGAAGGUGGAUGGGCUCACCAACGAUGAGAUCAAGAGUCAUUUGCAGAAGUUUCGACUUCACUCGAGAAGAAGUAACCCUGCAGGGUUAUGUAGCAGCAGUAGUCCUCAGUCGGCUCAAUUUGUGGUGGUGAGAGGAAUAUGGAUUCCGACCCCGGCGGAUGUUGCUGCUUCAUCUAACACGCCUCCGGUGACAGCCGGUGCACCGGAGGCCAUGAUGCAACCGCUUCUCUUAACCCUGCCUUCACCCUUCAUGUUCCUGGACCAAAGUCAUGGGCCAACCAAAGAGAUCAAGUAAGGCCUAUUUAACAGUUGCUACAUUCUUGUAACUUUGAAUGGAGUUUUUGUGAUUUUUGUGCUGCCCUUUGACUUUCACCUUCAGAGUUGAUGGUAGAGUGAAACACGUUUUUAAAUU